ACAUGCAUUUAAAAAAGUGCACGCUAGAUACAUGCAUAUUUUGCAGAAAUGGGGUCCAGGCAGGAGCCAGGCAGGCUUUUGACUGCAGUUGCUUUAUUUGUUUGUAUCUGGGACGCUGCGUUAUCGACACCAUGGGCUUAUCAACAACAUUAUUAUGCGGCUGUGAAGCCCAAAGUACCGAAAGCCGCAUUCAACAACCAGAGGCAGUAUUCAGUCGCCCAGACAAAGCAGGCCUUGGCGCAACCGCUGAUGUGGACGUUUCCAGAAGAUCCAGUGCAAGCGGUCAAGCCUGAAACCUCCACCUUUGAGCUGAAGCAGCCUUUGCCUGCCAACACGGUGGGUGUGAGGUGCGGGAACAACCAGGUACGGGUGGAGGUCAAGCGAGACCUGUUCGCUAUCGGCCAACUCAUCCUGCCGUCGGAUCUGACUUUGGGGGGGUGCGCCGCGAUUGGUGAGGACGUUGAGGCCCAGAGGCUGAACUUUGAGUCUGAUCUGCAGGGAUGCAACAGCAAGUUGGAGAUGACUGAGGAGUUCCUCACCUAUUCCUUCAAACUGAUCUACCAACCGAGCCCCAUCGGCAGCACCCCUGUUAUCAGGACCAGCCAGACUGUCGUAGACAUCGAGUGCUAUUACACGAGGAGGAACAACUUGAGCAGCAGUGCUCUGAAGCCCAGCUGGCUGUCCUUCGCUGACUCUAAAGUGGCUGAAGAAAACUUAUAUUUCUCUCUCAGGCUGAUGACUGACAACUGGCAGCUCAUGAGGAAGUCCAGUCAUUACUUCCUGGGUGAGCGGAUCCACGUGGAGGCCGGGGUCCUGCCAUACCUGCGGGUCUUUGUGGACCACUGCGUUGCCACUCUGACGCCCGAUCGAAAUACCGAGCCCAGAUACACAUUCAUUGAGAAUUACGGGUGUCUGGUUGAUGCUGUGUUGACAGACUCCACCUCCCAGUUCCUGCCUCGCUCCCAGGACCACAUGCUUCAAUUUUACCUUGAGGCAUUCAGAUUCAAACCGCAGAAUACCAGCUCCGGAAGCAACCGCAAAACAGGCCAAGAUGUUGACCGGAUUUACAUCACCUGCCACUUAAAGGCAACUGCAGCCUCUUCCCCAUCUGAUGCUCAACACAAGGCUUGUUCUUUUGUCGACGUGUGGAGGGCUGUGGAUGGAGAUGAUGAGGUGUGCAGCUGUUGUGACUCCAGCUGUACUACAAGAACAGCUAGAGAUGUCUCCAUUGACACAGAUGUGCAGUGGGAGGCGGAUGCUGUUCUAGGCCCCAUAUACAUUCACUGAGCCAAGACAUCAAUAGGCUCCAGAAGAAAAUAAAACUCUUCAUGGUUAA